GAAAGGAUAUUCGUUACAUUGUUGUUAAGUUGUUAUUAUAAUUUCUCAAACAAACCAACCAACCAACCAAAAGCAACCCAAAAGCAAACCGAAAGCCAACUGCUCGCUAAAGAGAAUUCAAAAUAUAAACCGAAAACGAAUAAAAAAUCGCCUUUGCGUGCUAGGUGAUUCUGCCUGGGAACAUAAUUUUAAAACCAAAUGAACUUUCCGAAAACAAAUUUCAUUGGUCUGUGAUAAGUGAAGGUCAAGCAAAAAGCAACAAGCGAAGAGAAAAUUUUUUAUGAAAACUAAAAAGCAACCACAAACGACACGAAGCGGAACAAAACCACAGAAAAGGCAACACCAACAUUUUCCAAAUUAGCAAAAUUGUAGAAAUUAUUUAAUGCAUCAAAUCGUUUGCGUAUAAAACUCGACAGCAGCAGCAGCAACAAAAGUGCGGUUUCACACAAAAAGGCGGUCAUUAAAACAAAAAGUAAAAACAAAAAAAGAAACCAAAACCGAAAACCUAGCCAAAUUAUAACACAAUUUAUUUAUAUCAUCAACUGCAAGGCGGCAGAGCAGGCAGCAGGCACUUCAUUAAGCAUCAAAGCGAGCUGCGUGCAACCGCAAAACGUGCAAAUUCCGCACCGCAGCAGCAACUAGGAACAGCAGCCACUAGCAACACGCAACCCAGCAGGCUCCCAGUGCAACUGUAGGCAGGAAAAUGUUGGCUAUGCCCACGCUGAUGAUGCCAGCCACUGCACAGAUGACGCUGAGCGCCGCCCACGGAAAGCCCUACGAGACAAAGCUGCUGGCCAUCCACCAGACGCACCUGCAGCAGCAGCAGCAGCAGCAGCAACAGGCGCCCCCCCAGCAGCAGCAGCAACAGCAACAGCAGCAGCAGUCGCUCAACGGCAAGCAGCAGGCACAGCAGCAGCCGCAGCAGAUGACCAUAGUCACCACCCAGCAGCAUCAGCAGCAGCAGCAGCAUCCCCAGUCGCAAUCGCCGCACCAGCAGCAGUCGCAACAGCAGGCCGCUGCUGCCGCCGCAGCAGCUGCUGCAGCUGCCCAUCACCAGCAGCAGCAGGCGGUGGCUGCCGCCGUUUGUGCCGCCCAGCAGCAGGCGGUGGUGGUGCAGCAGCAGCAGCAAUACCAGAUCCACUCGCAGCAGCAGUCGCCGCAGCAGCAGGUGCUCAGCAUCUCGCCCAAGCAGGAACAAUUCCACAUCUUUGUCGGCGACUUGAGCUCAGAAAUUGAAACUCAGCAAUUGCGCGAAGCAUUCACACCAUUCGGCGAAAUCUCUGACUGCCGCGUGGUGCGCGAUCCACAAACCCUGAAGUCGAAGGGCUAUGGCUUUGUGUCCUUCAUCAAGAAAUCGGAAGCCGAGAGCGCCAUUACGGCCAUGAAUGGCCAGUGGCUUGGCUCCCGUUCAAUUCGCACGAAUUGGGCCACACGGAAACCGCCGGCGAGUAAAGAGAACAUCAAGCCGUUGACCUUCGACGAGGUCUACAAUCAGAGCAGUCCCUCCAAUUGCACCGUGUAUGUGGGUGGCGUCAACAGUGCCCUCACCGCCCUCAGCGAGGAGGUGCUCCAGAAGACAUUUGCCCCCUAUGGGGCGAUACAGGAGAUCCGCGUUUUCAAGGACAAGGGAUAUGCCUUUGUGCGCUUCUCCACCAAGGAAGCGGCCACCCAUGCAAUCGUGGGUGUUCACAACACCGAGAUCAAUGCCCAGCCCGUGAAGUGCUCGUGGGGCAAGGAGAGCGGUGACCCCAACAAUGCCCAGACCAUCGCCACCCAGGCGCUGAACAGUGCCGCCGCCGCUGCCGCCGGCUUCCCGUACGGAUUGGGGGCCACAGCCGCUGCCGCUGCCUAUGGCCAACAGCUGGCCGCCACGGGCUGCUGGUACUCACCCACGCCCACCUACCAGGCCUCCUCGGCCACGGCGGCCGCUGUGACUCCAGCGGCGGCCAGUGCAGCCGCCGUGCAGAAUCAGUUCCUGCAGGGCAUCCAGGGAUACCACUUUGGACAAUACGGCGGAUACCAGCAGGGUUACAUGGGUAUGGGAGUGCAGAUUCCGGCCACCUGGCAGGGCGUCACCCAGGCACAGAUCUCACCUGCCCAGCAGAUGGCAACGGGCGUGGCUGGCACUGCCAUUCCGCAGGCCGCCGGUGUGGUGGCCUAUCCGAUACAGCAGUUCCAAGUGAGCCCACAGGCACAGUAAACGCAAAAUGCCAAAUACCGAAAUCCAAACCAAAAUUUUUAAGUACAGCUGCAAUUUUCUGAAACAGAAACAAAACCAAAUCGAGCUGUAAAUACAAUGCGAAGCGCAGACACACAAAUUGCAAAACAAUUGAUGGCAACUCGAAGUUUUGGCGAUUUUAGAGAGCUGCACACCCCAGAAACAAGCAAAAGCAAAGCCAGACAAAAGCAACAGCGAAUGCGAAACCCUAACCAAAGCUAAAUGAAAAUUAAACACAACCACGACACACACC